AUGGACAAUUUAGGGAAGGAACUGAUCCAGCUGUGUGAUCGCGUGGAACAGUUUGGCUUAGUGGACUAUCAGAUGGGAAUCUGGGAAGAGGAGAUCCUUGGUGUCUUGGGUCAAUGCCUUGAUCUCUACGAAAGCCUACCGGAGGUGCUCCGCGCCCACAUGAGCACCGCUAUUGCUGGGGCUCGAUCAUUGACUUUGGGUGAUACAUGCAUGCUCCGGUCCUUUGUCGGUCUCUUCGACGUCGCGUCAUCUUCCCUUUCCCUUCCUUUAUUGGCGGAAUCAGGGUGUAUGCGAUUCCUGAGGUUCACGCCACUAUUUGUUUCACCUGGGGGUAAUUUGGAAUUCCCAAUCGCUGGCGAUCCAUCUGAUCGCGAUGCCCCAGCCCCACCAUUCAUGCCCUGA